AUGUUUAGUGUUGUUCUAACUUCGACGGAGCAGCGACAUCAACGACUUGAACAACAUCAACGAACGUCAACAGCAACGGACAUCGGCGACAUCGAAAGACGAGCGUUACGUAAUGAACGCUUCGUCUUGGACUGCAGCAGUGGACGAAUCCGCUGCAGUCCAUUGGGUGAAUUCAUCGGACUGCAGCGAUGGACGAAACUCGCGUGGACCCGGAAGCAGCUGAACCAAGUCCGAAAGCAGCUGGACCAAGUCCGGAAGCAGCUGGACCAAGUCCGGAAGCAGCUGGAUCAAGUUCGGAAGCAGCUGGAUCAAGUCCGGAAGCAGCUGGACCAAGCCAUCCGGAAGCAGCUGGAAGCAACUGAUCCGGAAGUAGCUGGACGAAGUCAUCGGGGUGCAGGCGUACAUGUAUAUACGUUACUGUUUGAUCUUCACUACAAUGCCAACGAUACUAGAGGUAUUGUAAUUGGAACGAAAGUACUAUUGGAUAUUGGAGGCGACAGCGAUCAAUCUACCAAAGAAGAUUAA